CUGUGAGCACUGUGAUUAACACCAACCUGAAUAACGCAUCAAGGAUCAGUAUGCUUAGACUUCAUCUCAAUUUAAUGCUUGCCAGUGUUCUUACUGCUUCCCUGCUGGCUGAUGGCGCUAAUAUACGACUCGCUGGUGGCAGUCACUCCUGCGCUGGUAGAGUGGAAGUCUAUCAUAAUAACCAGUGGGGAACAGUGUGUGAUGAUGACUGGGACAUAAAUGAUGCGCAGGUGGUGUGUAGACAGCUUGGAUGUGGUAAUGCUGUCAGUGCUCAUCAAAGUGCCCACUUUGGUCGUGGAAGUGAUCCAAUAUGGCUGGAUAAUGUUCGGUGUUCUGGAAGUGAAAGCAACAUCACACAGUGCUCUCAUAGAGGAUUUGGUACACACAACUGCGGCCAUGGUGAAGAUGCAGGUGUUACUUGCUCAGACCAGGUCAGACUGGUGAAUGGUCCGAGUAACUGUUGUGGUUGAGUGGAGAUCCUGCACAAUGACCAUUGGGGAACAGUGUGUGAUGAUGACUGGGAUAUAAAUGAUGCGCAGGUGGUGUGUAGAGAACUUGGAUGUGG